UGUAUUAUUUUCCAUACAAGCGAUUAUAAACCUACUUUUGCCCCAUCCUUAAUAUAUAUGAUAGAAGAAAAUCUUUAUUUUGAAUAAAGAUUUAAAUUGAAUCCAGAGGUAUUUUCAACUAUUUAAAAAGAUAGCUCUCCCAAAGGUAUCCUUAUAAAAAGUAGAUGAAUAAUAUGUCUUUCAACUUGACAGAACUUAAGAAAAUGAGUCACAAGAUGAGUCAAGAGAGUGAGGUUUGUUUUUAUUCCCCUUGUCCAUCUGUUUUAAAGGGAGUAUGAUACCAAGCAGUAGGGGAAAAAAUCUUUGAUGAAAUUUGAUGUCAGAAGUUGGAAUUUGUUCUUUAAUAUUUAACUUGUACUAAGUGAAGAUCUGAAACAUUUAAUGAUGCUGCCAAGAUGGAUUUGAUCUGUUUUAGAGAUUUGUGCCUAAUUUUUAGGAGAUUUGUAAAUGCUAUUUCAAGACUUGAGACCUGCUUCAUACUUUAGAAUAUGUUUAGUUCUUUAAUACUUCUAGUCCGCAGUGCUGGCAAGUGGGAAUGCUGAUUGACUGCUUCUGUGGCAACAGUAACACCCAAAUAAGUCACUCUGUUCCUUCCAUCCCUAAAAGAGGUAUUUUUAUCAUUGUUUUUGAAAGCUAGCUUCCUUAGAUCUUGGCUUUUAAAAAUAUUUAUGGCAUUGCCUUCUAAACUAGCCACUUAAGAAUAUUUUAAUUGUUUAGGUAUAGAUUCCUUCAUUGCCCAGCUAGUCCCAACUAGAUAAGAAGUACUGAGUAAUGUAGGGUGUCUUACUCGUCAUUGUAAUCCAGGCAGGAAGGGAUGGACUGAAAGGAGGGAAUAAAUGGGUGGUUGGAGAAUAAAUAGGUACUGUCUUCUUAAAGAAGCUCAAGGUGAAUUUUGGCUGCGUGAAGUAUGUGAAAAUGGUAUGAAUAGGUGAUUAGAUAGAGCUUGUUCCCUUCAGGUUAUACCUCAGAUUCUUUUUAAAAGGCCAGUUAUUGGGGCGGGCGAGGUGGGGGAGGGGCGGACACCGCGGCAGCUGAUCAGGCGGCCUCAGGCUCCGAACGUGGCAGCUACGGUGGUCGGAGUGAGUCAACUGCGGCCGCGUGCGUCAUGGACUCCGACCCCAAUGAGUAUGAGCUCAACGGUAACCUGCAGCUGGAUUCGCUCGACGCCCCUCCAGACGCCAUGCCCCGUAGGCCCCUCAACAUGAACAAUUAUGCUAAUAAGAAGAGCGUAGCAGAGGGCAUGCUGGACGUCGCUCUGCUGAUGGCCAACGCCUCGCAGCUGAAUACCGUCAUCACGGAGGGCCCCGACUUGCGCUUCUAUGUCACCUUCGUGGUCCUCAUCUCCAUCUCUCUCGUGCUGGAGAUCACUUUGGUCGUGCUGCUCAUCUUCCUGGUCAAGACCAACCUCAACAACCCAGCCAAGCAUGCCCAGUUGAUAUUCUUCAACAACAUGGCCACUGGCCUUGUCUUCAUCAUUGUUGUGGUCAACAUCUUCAUCACUGCCUUUGGCAUCUAGCACUUGUAGUGGACCUGGGGCCCUGGCAGUAGGUCUCAGAAGCCCUGGACUGUGCCGGGCCAUAGCCACACACUCCAGAAACUGCCUUGGGGCCCACCUGCCUCUUUGCUGCACACCCUGAAAAUGCCAGUCAGGACUAGCCUGGAGAACAGUCUGGCCUGUUGUGUGUGUGUGUCCUGCUCCAUCCUUGGCUCCUCCUCAUCUGAAGCAGGGGCAGCGAGGCCCCAGAGGCAGAGCUAUAGAUCCCCAAGCAGGGCCAUGGCCAACAUAGACACGCAACAGGUUUGAGGGGGUGCAGUUAGGGACUAGGGCCAGCCUUAGUCCUGGGAUAUUUCUAGAAGGACAGGAUAUGUCCCUCCUCAGCCAACCUUUCUGCUGGGGGACCUGUUGCCCCUGCCUUUCCUGACUUGGUACAAUGGACUACCAGCUCCUGUGGCACUGCUGUGGCCAUGGACCAUUCGCACACCUUCCACCAGCCCCACUUUUCUAAGCACAAAUGGCCAAUAAAAUGAAUGCUUCUCCUGUGCAGCUUCUAGCACCAAUUUCCUUCCUGCACCUGCCUGAGGCCCUGCCUGUACUGAUCUCUCCUCCGGUCAGGGCAGUCAUGGGGACAUGGUUGACACCUCGGGGCCUUCUCCAGGAUCAGGAACUUGAGUGUCUCCUUGGCAACUUGGCAUCUCCAGUCAGGUUUCCAGGUAGAGACCAGGGUCUUGGGUCUCCAUUGUCCCAGUGUCUUUAUUUUUAUAGAACGGUUUAAAGAGCUCCCGUAGCCCUUGCUGGUUUGAUUCAGUGAAUAGAGCCUGUGGACCAAAGGGUUCUGGGUUUGAUUCUGGUCAAGGACACGUACUUUGGUUGCAAGUUUAUCCCCAGCCCAAGCCCUGGUUGAGGCUACUACAGGAAGCAACCAAUAGAUAUAUUUCUCUCACAUCAAUAUUUCUCUGUCUUUCCCUCUCUCU